AUGGAUGAACUUACGAACUUCCUAGCGCAAACCCCACGUAUUCACUAUGCCACUCCUUCGUCACCGGACUAUGACACUUUACGUCCAGGAUAUGUGCUCGAUCACGCCAAAAUUCCAGCGAUGAUUGUUCGACCUCGUUCAGCCGACGAUGUUGCGGCUUUGGUUACUGUUCUGAAAGCAAAUGGGCUCCCCUUCUCCGUUCGGGUUGGUGGUCAUGACAUGUUUGGUCGAUCGCAGGUUCAUGAGGCGAUCACUAUAGAUCUGCGCGAGAUCGCCUACGUUCACGUGGACCCUGAAACACACACUGCACGACUUGGUGGUGGAGUACUGUUCAUGGAGGUACUCAAAGAAUUGAAGCAACAUGGCAUGGUGGUGCCUCAUCCUGUCAUUCCGGGGGUGGGAUUCGUGGGCUGGGCAACCCAUGGUGGAUACGGUCUACUCAGCGCUCAGUAUGGAUUUGGAGUAGAUCAGAUCCUGCAGGCACGACUCGUCGACUCACAAGCUAUGAUCCGUGAUGCAGACGAAGAUAUGUUGACUGCGAUUCGCGGCGGGGGAGGAUCUUUAGGCAUCAUCGUCGAGCUCACAAUCAAGGUGUAUCCCUUGGCUCAGGUCCUUGCAGGUGUUAUCACGUAUGAGUCCAGUGACAUAUCAACGACCAUAACGCGAUACAAUGAUGCAUGGCGUCAACAGAAAGAAGGCAUUCCAUCCAGCCUUAGCCUUUUCCAAUGUAUCGGAAACACCCCGACAGGCAAAAGAUUUUCAGUUCUUUUCGUUUGGGCAUCUACAGACAUUGAAUCUGGAAAGAUAUGGUUGUCCAAAGUCAGCUCCUGGACACCUGUGGCCGUGAGUACCGUUGCGCCGACUGAUAUGAUGGCUUUCAACGAGGGUGCUCAGCGCAUUUGUCAUGCUCAUGCCUACGGCCUGUGUCUCACUCUCAAUCUACGUCAACUGACAGCUGAAAUCGUCGCUGUCAUCAGCAAGUUUGCGGCUUUGAAGCCCAGCGACCCUUCGACCAUGUUUGCGAUACAUGAGUUGCGCGCUUGCACUCCACAGCCCAUAAGGAAGAAUGUCUGGGACACUCGUAGCCCGCACUUUGUUGUUGAAAUAUUGCCGACUGUUCUGGACGCAGACAGGCUGAACGAAGCACUUGAAUGGGCUCACAACUUCUACGAUGAAAUGAUGGGCACCAAAUCAUCGAACAUUUUGCCAUCAACCUAUCUUCCACUUACUGAGCCGAAGAAGGUUGACAUGAAGACUAUGUAUGGGAAUAAGUACGAGACGCUAGAGCGCAUCAAGCAAGAGUAUGAUCCAGAUAAUGUGUUCAAGCAUACUUUGGUUCAGUUUUGA